CGCUCCCCAACACUCUCACGCUCUCUAUUUGGGAAAGUGAAGGAGAGUCCAUGCCGUCGAGAUAAGAAAACAAAGAACUUCAUGAGAAACAUCGCUUAGGCUACUGUUUGAUUCGCCACCGACGCUCAUAAAGAGAAGAGCGCUGUGCCCCUGCAUGUCCACUAAGAAUGGGCAGCCAACCGAGUGUCCUGGAACAACAUGGCUUCACCAUGGUAAGAGAGGAGGGCCAUGCCACCCUAGUGAAGUCCCAGGAGGGCAAUCAGUAUCUCGUCAGACAGAUCCAUAACAGCAUAGAGGAUGUUAAAGAAAUUCUCAAAAACCUGCAGCAUCCUCAUAUCAUUGGACAUGAGAAGUCCUUUGAAGAUGAUGGAACAUUCUAUGUUUUGGUGGACUACUCUGAGGGGGGAGAUUUGUCUAAAAAAAUUCAAGCUAAGCGGGAAUGCGGAGAACAGUUUACAGAGGAAGAGAUUAAGGAUUGGGUUGUCAAAGUCUGCAUGGCACUGAAGCACUUGCAUUCCAAAAACAUUGUUCACAGAGACCUAAGACCUCAGAACAUUUCCCUCACAGAGUUUGGGACAGUGUGCCUGGGAGAGCUUUUAGAGAUCAAAGAAAGAGCUGGAGUAGAGAGUGACUCUACUGGGGAACUAUACAACAUCGCCCCUGAAAUCCUGACGGGAGAUGCAUACCAUGAUAAGAGUGAUAUCUGGUCCUUGGGCUGUCUCCUAUAUGAACUGUGUAUGAUGAAAAGUGCAUUUUCAGGAGAGAGUGCAGUAAAUCUGGUUCCUAAGAUCCUGAGUGGUUCUUAUGCGCCUCUCCCAAAGACCUUCUCCAGUUCUCUCUGUCGGCUCCUCAGCGAUCUCCUGCAGACAGACCCGGAGCGUCGACCUUCAGCGCAGGAGGUCUUGGCGAGGCCAUUCAUUAUUGCCUACCUCACAGCCCAGAGUGAGCGGACUGUUGCGGAGCUCCAGGAGAGCCUGCAGAAGCUGAGGGCCCUGGCUGACGGUCUGGAGAAUGUGCACUUUGGCACCACUGUGGGCAGUCUGACUGGCGGGGUGAUUGGAGCAGCUGGAGGCAUCACCUCCAUCGUGGGUCUCAUCUUGGCCCCCUUCACUCUGGGUGCCUCUCUGAUCGUGACGGGGGUCGGGGUGGGCAUCGCUGUCGCUGGUGGUGCAACCGCAGGAGUCUCCAACAUCACCAACAUGGUCAACCAGUCCACCGACCGCUACAAUGUGAAGAACGUCAUCCGCGAGUUCCAGGAGAAGAUGAACUCGGUGGUGGUCAGUCUCCAGCACAUCUGUGAAGGCCUGGAGGCCCUGAAUCUCUCAGCUGAGAAUGGUAAUGGUCCAGGGACAGGGACGACAGGGGACAUGGCCAAGGCGGGCGUUAGAAUAGGGCGAGGGCUGGGGGGCAUCCCUGAACUGAUGCGCCUGGCACAGGUGGCGAACAUAGGCAAGGUGGCAGCACAGACGGCCAGAGCCGUGCGGGCAGUAGAGGUGGCCACCGGCAUCUUCUCCGCCUUCUUCCUGGCCGUUGACGUCUUCUUCAUCGCCAUGGACGCCAAGGAGAUCCACGACAUCCGGCAGACCUGGGCGGAGGCGUCCACCCCAGAAAGCCCAGUCCAGCUGAAGGUGCUGGACGCUGAAGACUCUGAAAUCGUGGAGGAGGGCAAGCCAGAGGUGAAGUCCGAGACUAUGAAAUUUGUUCUGCAGAUCCGGGAGACGGCAACCCAACUGGAGGAGAUUCUGGACGAGCUGAAUGACAUUAUCACCUUCCUCCCAAAAGUCGAAGCCUAAGCACAAAAUCUCUGAGACUGACCGCAUUUCAGUGUUAUGUUAAGCACCUUAUCAGACAUCCUACCCUUUCAAAUAUGUUGAAUCUCUGACAGCACUGAAAUGACAGGAAAUAUGUUUCCUGACCACAAGUCUCAUUUUUGUACUCAUGGCUUUUUGUUAUAUUUUUGAAUAUUUCACAUCCUUUAUGGCAUAUCAAUAAUGCAAUGGAUCAUCAGAUAAGCUUUGAAUCAAUAAAAAGAAUUUUUGCUGAA